AUCACACCAUAUCUCAUACAAUCUAUAAUUCUUUAUUUUCUCUAAUUUCUUGUUUAUUUUCUUCACCUUAAUUAUUUUUACCAAAGGCUAUAAUGGCAGUGACUUUUGAGAAAGAAACUACAACUUCAAUCCCACAAGACAAAGUUUUCAAGGUCUUUGUUCUUGAAUCUGACUCCAUUAUCCCCAAAAUUAUUCCUAACAUGAAGGUCGAGUUCGUACAAGGAAAUGGAGAGCCCGGAACUAUCAAGAAAACUACUUUUGGUGAAGGCGGUGAUGCAAAGUACAUAAAGACCAAAGUGGAAGCAACGGACAAAGACAAUUUCACACACAGCUACAGUAUUUUCGAAGGCGAGCCAUGGAUGGCGGAACUCGAAAAGACAACUUUCGAGAUUAAAGUAGAAGCUUCGACCGAUGGAGGAUCAAUUAUCAAGAGUACCAGCAAGUACUUCCCGAAGCCAGGUUGUGUGAUCGACGAAGAAAAGGUUAAGGCUGGUUCCGAGAAAGCGUUUGGCAUGUUUAAGGCUAUCGAAGCUUAUGUCUUGGCCAAUCCCGAUGUUUAAGAAAUUAAUUUCGUGAUUUGUUUUCUCUUCGAUUUGUAUCUUUUGUUUCUUGUUGUGGUCUAAGAAUAAAAGUUUAUGCUUUGUUAAAUGAUUGGCUUGUCAUUUAUCCAGGAUUAAGGGGUGUUAUGUAUCCUUUAAUUAGCUCAUAAUCAAUGUAAUGUAAUUUGUUUAUGAAUGAUUUGUUUUCUGUCAA